AGACUAGCAGUUGCAGGCUGAGCCUCCCAACAGUUACAUUGACUCAUGACUUCUCAUUUCUCGUGAAGCUAAAGUUGGAUUUUCAUAUUGCAUUCACAACUCUCUCUCCCUCUCCGACAGUGCACAAAACACCUGACCCGUGAACUCAGUUACCCCAAACAUAGUACUAUUGUUGUUUCAUCGUCUUCAUUUCUCUCAUCCACUUUCUUGCAACCUUGUUCUAGUUGACAUAGACCCCUCAUCCUCAACUCCACUUCUUUUUGUACAAAGAUUUCCAUUUUUUUGGUCUGAUUGUAUUGUCAUCUUCACAUUUUAUUUUCUUGAAUAUCAACAUCUCUGGAACAAGCCCAGUUCAAGAAAAAUGAGACCUUCAUGUGGGUCUUUUGAGCAAAAUUAAAAAACCAUUUAGUCUUUUGAUUCUUCUUCUGGUUUUUUUUUUUUUUAAUAUACAUUGAAGGCAACCCAAGAAUGGCAAUUUUAAGUUUGUUGAAUAUUUUGCUUUUUGGGUUGUUCUUGAGGUCUCAACUUGUGAUUGCUCAGGUUUUUUACGAUGAAAUACCAUUAUUAGCCAUUGAGAAAGAGUUUAGAUUAUCUGGGUGGGGCGUUAAUAACUCAGAUUACUGUUCUUGGCCUGGAAUAAUUUGCAGCUUAAACAAUUCAAUGGUGGAGAGGCUUGAUCUUUCUGGGCAUGGGCUUCAAGGUAAUUUCACUCUAAUUUCUGAGCUCAAAGGACUAAAAUGGCUUGAUCUUUCAAACAAUAAUUUCCAUGGAAUAAUCCCACCAGUUCUUGGGAAUUUAUCUCAGCUUGAAUUUCUUGAUUUGUCAUUUAAUAAAUUUGAUGGUUCAAUACCUGUGGAAUUCAGUAGACUACGAAAUGUUAGAGCUUUGAAUCUUUCGAACAAUUGGCUAACUGGAGCGAUUCCUAAUGAGCUUGAGAGUCUAGAGAAUUUGCAGGAGUUUCAAAUAUUUACUAAUAGAUUGAAUGGUUCUAUCCCAUUGUGGGUGGGAAAUUUGACUAAUCUGGAAGUUUUUACAGCGUAUGAAAAUGAGUUGAGUGGUACGAUUCCAGAUAAUUUAGGUGCAUUUUCCGGACUUGAGUUAUUGAACCUUCAUUCGAAUAGACUAGAGGGGCCAAUUCCUGAGAGCAUUUUCUCUAUGGAGAAGCUUGAAGUUUUGGUUUUGACAAAGAAUUUAUUGGCCGGCAGUAUUCCUGAAUCGAUUGGGAAAUGUAAAGGCCUUUCGAGUAUUAGGAUUGGGGACAACAAGUUGAUUGGGAGCAUUCCUACAGAUAUUGGAAAUAUCAGCAGCCUUACAUACUUUGAAGCUGAUAACAAUGAUCUCUCGGGGGAGAUUGUCUCCGAGUUUGCACAAUGCUCUAAUCUCACUCUCCUUAAUUUAGCCUCAAAUGGCUUGACUGGAACCAUCCCGAGUGAGUUUGGAGAUCUCAGCAAUCUGCAGGAGUUGAUUGUCUCUGGGAAUAGUCUGUUUGGAGAGAUCCCCACAUCAAUUCUCAGGGGCAAGAAUCUUAACAAGCUUGAUUUAAGCAAUAACAGAUUUAAUGGCUCCAUACCGGAGAGCAUUUGCAACACGUCUAAACUGCAAUACCUGCUGUUAGGUCAGAAUUCGAUGAGAGGGGAGAUACCUCAUGAGAUCGGGAACUGCACAAAACUGCUUGAAUUACAGUUGGGAAGUAACUAUCUGACAGGAAGUAUUCCUCCCGAGAUUGGUCAUAUAAAGAACUUGCAGAUUGCACUUAAUUUAAGCUCGAAUCAUCUCCAUGGACAAUUGCCCCAAGAGCUUGGAAGACUUGACAAGUUGGUUUCUUUGGAUUUCUCCAAUAAUCAGCUCAGUGGAAAUAUUCCGGUGACUCUGAAAGGCAUGCUCAGCUUGAUAGAGGUUAAUUUUUCGAAUAAUCAUUUCACUGGUCCUAUACCUUCCUUUGUGCCGUUCCAAAAGAGCCCAAAUUCGAGCUUUAUUGGAAACAAAGGGCUCUGUGGUGAACCAUUAAGUAUUUCGUGCGGAAGUUUGAAUGCUUAUGGUCAUAACGAUUACCAUCACAAGGUCUCGUACAGGAUCAUAUUAGCUGUUAUUGGUUCUGGUUUGGCAGUUUUCGUAUCUGUGACAGUGGUCGUUUUGCUGUUUAUGAUGAGGGAGAAACAAGAAAAAGAGGCCAAAGAUUCGGGAAUUUCUGCUGAUGAAACUAAUAAUAAGCCAGUGAUAUUAGCAGGAAAUGUUUUUAUCGAAAACCUCAGGCAGGCAAUAGAGUUCGAAGCAGUUGCAAAAGCAACCAUGAAAGAGUCAAACAAGCUCAGUAGUGGAACGUUUAGCAGUGUCUACCGAGCGGACAUGCCUUCAGGGAUGAUUUUAUCCGUCAAAAAACUGAAAUCGAUGGAUAAAACUAUAAUCCAUCAUCAGAACAAGAUGAUCAGAGAACUCGAAAGACUGAGCAAACUCUGUCAUGACAAUCUGAUGAGACCUAUUGGGUUUGUAAUCUAUGAAGAUGCUGUUCUUUUGUUGCACCAUUACUUUCAAAACGGGACAUUGGCCCAAUUUCUUCAUGACUCUACGAAGAAACCGGAUUAUAAACCAGACUGGCCAUCAAGACUUGCCAUUGCCAUCGGAGUGGCAGAAGGGUUGGCAUUCCUUCAUCACGUGGCCAUUAUCCACCUUGAUAUCUCAUCCAGUAAUGUAUUUCUAGACUCCAAUCUCAGGCCUUUGGUCGGUGAAGUUGAAAUAUCGAAACUCCUCGACCCAUCCAGAGGGACAGCAAGUAUUAGUGCCGUUGCUGGUUCAUUUGGAUAUAUUCCUCCAGAAUAUGCAUAUACAAUGCAAGUUACAGCACCUGGAAAUGUUUAUAGCUAUGGAGUUGUGUUGCUCGAGAUCCUUACAACUAGACUACCAGUUGAUGAGGAAUUCGGUGAAGGCAUAGAUUUGGUGAAGUGGGUUCAUACUGCACCUGCGCGAGGGGAAACCCCAGAGCAGAUUCUUGAUGCAAGGCUAAGCACCGUUUCGUUUGCUUGGAGAAAAGAAAUGCUUGCAGCUCUAAAGGUGGCCCUGCUUUGCACCGAAAGCACACCAGCCAAACGGCCUAUGAUGAAAAAGGUUGUUGAAAUGCUUAAAGAAAUCUUGCAAAACUAAGUGUUGCGGAAUUCAUCAGAGUUCGUCUCUUAAUUCCCAACUCUAGCUGCCCAUUUCUGUUAACUCCCCCGGUUAGAUAUCGCUGCCUUCCUAUCCUUUUUCAGUUGUGUAUCUAGAACUUCUCGAGAAUGAAAGUUGAAAUGAUAGAGAAGACGAAUUAGCAGGACGACAUAAAAGAGAGUCCUAUCAGAUUAAACACUGUAUUAUUGCUAUAUGGUAGGCCUUGAAACAUGUAAUGAAAUAUUGAGGGGUUGCAUCUUAAUCUUCCUCAUAAACUUCGAAUGUUUUUAGAGAAUUCCCCACAAAAUGGAUUCUUCUUUUCGACUUGGAUUCACUUUCAUAAACAUGAAUGCAAUUGUUGCAGAUAUGAUUUGUUUUCCUUUCUUCUUAUAAUCCAUCUUUUUUGUCUACAGA